ACCCGGAAGUGAUUCCUGGAGAGUAGGCCGCGUGCAUUCCCUGGACUAUUAGAGAAUUUGUGCUCUUGGCCGCGGCCAUGACCAAAAUUAAGGCAGAUCCAGACGGGCCGGAGACGCAGGUGGAAACGUGCUGCGGGGAGCGCACUUACCAUGAGCUGCUGGUCAAUCUGAACCCCAUCGCCCAGCCCCUGGCUUCUCGGCGCCUCACGCGGAAACUCUACAAAUGCAUAAAGAAAGCUGUGAAGCAGAAGCAGAUUCGGCGCGGGGUGAAGGAGGUUCAGAAAUUUAUCAACAAAGGCGAGAAAGGGAUCAUGGUUUUGGCAGGAGACACUUUGCCCAUUGAGGUAUAUUGCCAUCUCCCUGUUAUGUGUGAGGACCGGAACUUGCCCUAUGUCUAUAUCCCUUCUAAGACGGACCUGGGUGCAGCUGCAGGCUCCAAGCGCCCCACCUGUGUGAUAAUGGUCAAGCCCCAUGAGGAGUACCAGGAGGCCUAUGACGAGUGCCUAGAGGAGGUGCAAGCCCUGCCCCCACCCAUGUGAAGGACUUAGGCAGACCUGGCCACCUGCCCCAGCAGCUGUUGGCCUGGGCGUGGGCCGGCUGGCUGCCUUCCUGCUCUCCAUGCUCAUGCAUCUCCCCAGUCCUGAGGCAUGUAUUCUUCCCAGAUAGCUCCAGCAGCUAUUUAUGAAGGCAAAGCCAUCAUUGUCUCCACCAGUGCUAUUUCCUGUUGCGCUUCAAUGAAGACAGUUCCAAGGAUGUGGUGUGGCAGAAGUAAAAUGCUAAGACUAAAA